AGACACUGCUUAAUAAAAGCCAUGUUUAUUUAUGUAUUCGGCAAACGUUAACGUAAGUGAUUCAGAAGGGUUGUAGUGAAUUGUGUCUUCAGCAAGAAAGCUAUCCUGAAGACGGGUUGGAGAUUUGGAGGAAACUCCAAUCCAAAAAACUGUCUCCGACUUGACAGCUCGGAGGGGCAGAAAUGAUCUGAUUGGUUAAAUUGGGCCGGAAUGGGUGGAGCCAAAGAACAAUUUUUUGACUUGCCGAGUGACAUAACAGAGAAGAGAAAGCAACUGCGGCAUCUAUCGAUGUCGGCAUACUCCCCUGCCUGCGUGGCUCUGCUGUCCCUCCUCCUCCUCGCUCCAGCACUUGGACAACUAGAUCUCAACCGAUUGGAUGGCGAUACCGUCUGCCCGCCCAUGAGGAGCGGACAAGAUGACCUUCCAGGUUUCGAUCUGAUCACCCAGUUCCAGCUGGAUGUAAUCGCACUGAAAGGUGUGAGGAAGGUGGACGGCUCCACUCCCCAUCAGGUGGCCUACCGCCUCGACAGGGAGGCCAACUUCCAAAUUCCAACCAUGCUGAACUUCCCUCGUGGCUUCCCUGAUGAGUACUCGUUCAUGGUGACCUUCCGCAUGAUCAAAAACACAGUGAACAAGGUGUGGAAUGUCUGGCAAAUCGUCGACGAAGACGGCAACAAACAAGCCGGACUGAGGCUGAAUGGCGACCAGCAGGCUCUGGAGUACUUCCUGAUGGGCGCUGAUGGCAACCUGCAGACCGUUACGUUCCCGGGUCUUUCUGUGCUCUUCAACACCAGGUGGCACAAAGUGAUGAUUGGCGUGGAGCGCGACCAGGUCACUCUGUACGUGGACUGCCAGCCCGUGGAUCAGAAACCCAUCAAGGGCAAAGGCCCCAUCAACACAGAGGGAGACACUCUCAUUGGCAGGCUGGAUGCUGAUCCCAACGCCUCCGUAGUGUUUGAACUCCAGUGGAUGCUGAUACACUGCGACCCAAAGAGAGCCCAGAGAGAGAGCUGCAACGAGCUGCCUGCCACCGAGAUGUAUGCCAAUGCUGAGCCUGACAAAUCAGUCCAAGGCCCCCCAGGAGCUCCUGGCCCAGAGGGCCCCAGAGGGCCCCCAGGAGAAAACGGCAGAGAUGGAAGAGAUGGUCUUCCAGGUUCUACUGGCAGUCCAGGUCUUCCUGGCAGCAAAGGGGAGCAAGGGGAGAUCGGUCUUCCUGGACAGAGAGGCCUGCCCGGUCUUCCAGGAGCUUCUGGUCCAUCUGGCCCAAUGGGUCCCAGAGGGCCUGUAGGGGAGAGAGGACUUCCUGGCUUUCCUGGACCUCCAGGUCCACCUGGCCCAGCAACUGAAGGACCUGCUGGAGCACCAGGGAAACCAGGGACCCCAGGAGAUGAAGGAAACAUUGGGCCUGAGGGUCCACCUGGACCCAAGGGGGGAAGUGGCGCUGCAGGGCCCCCUGGCCCUCCUGGUCCACCGGGGCCUGUGGGACCGCCUGGUGCCAGCAAUGAGGGAAGUGGGGAAGCUUGUCCUGCUGCCUGUCCUGCUGGACCACAGGGAUUGGCUGGGCUGCCGGGGAUGAAGGGACACAAAGGUUUGCCUGGUGAGCCUGGAAAAGAUGGAACUCCUGGAGACAAGGGAGACGCUGGAGAACAAGGUCCUCAGGGGCCACCAGGCCGCAUGGGAGAUGAUGGACAAAGAGGGCCCAUUGGAUUCCCUGGUACCACAGGAGAAAAGGGAGACAGAGGUCCACCCGGUUUCAAUGGCGUCCCAGGACCCACUGGCCCGCCUGGAGCUCCUGGUGUGGAGGGAAUCCGCGGACGUCAGGGUUUGGAGGGACCCAAGGGCGACGAAGGAGCUGUUGGACCUCAAGGAGAGCAGGGUCCCCAAGGGGAUAAAGGCGAUGUUGGAGCGCCUGGAAAAGACGGCUUGGAUGGAGUUCCCGGAGUUGAUGGAGCCAAGGGAGAGGCUGGCACUCCUGGAGCCAGUGGUAUCAGGGGCAUUGUGGGUAUUCCCGGGCUGCCAGGGAAGCAGGGAGUAGUCGGACCCCCCGGUGAAAAGGGCGAGACUGGUGCGGAGGGAGCCAUCGGACCAGUUGGACUUCCUGGAAAGACUGGGGAGGCUGGAAAAGACGGACAAGAUGGUAAACCAGGAGAUAAGGGAAAAACUGGUGAAACAGGAAAACAAGGGCCAGUGGGGCCUGCAGGUCCACCAGGCAUCCAGGGUGACAAAGGAGAUAAAGGGGACACUGGUGCCAAAGGACUGAAGGGUCAUCCCGGGUACAAAGGUGAUCAGGGGCCUAUGGGACCAAUAGGACCAAAAGGAAGUCAGGGGGACACAGGUCUGGCUGGAGAUAUCGGGGUCAAGGGAGACCAGGGCCCUCCGGGUGUCACUGGAAUCAAAGGAGAGCAAGGAGAGAAGGGCCAAAGAGGAGCUACAGGAGACCAUGGCAGACCAGGCCCGCCGGGCCAUGAGGGUUUGGCUGGUCCAAUGGGAGCUCGAGGAUUGGAAGGAGAACCAGGCAUUCCUGGAUCACCAGGCCCCAGAGGUCUGCCUGGCCCAAAGGUCAGCGAUGAGAAGCUUCGGGAGAUGUGCUCAGCUAUUGUUGGAGAACAAAUGGAAGAGUUUAUGAAAGAGUUUCUGAAGAAGCCGGCCGCCCUGGGUGCACCUGGUACACCUGGGCCGGCAGGACCUCCCGGCCCCCCUGGGGCGGCUGGAGUGGCAGGAGCAGCAGGAGCCCCGGGGCCGGCAGGUCCCAAAGGUCAUCCAGGCUUCUUUGGACUUCCAGGCACACCUGGCAAGAAAGGUGAUGCUGGGGAGAAGGGAGACAAGGGUGACAAGGGAGAGGACGGUGUUGGAAUCAAAGGAAGCCCAGGAGCACCAGGUGCACCAGGUGCACCAGGCGCUCCUGGCAUUGGCAAGGAUGGCAAAGAUGGACAACACGGUGAGACAGGAAGUCCCGGUGCCCCAGGAGCAUCCGGUCCUAGGGGACCUACAGGGGCACCUGGGCUUUGUGAUCCAUCGACCUGUAUAGGCAGACUUCCACCCUUGUAUAUGGUCAGCGGAAAGAAGUCUGCCGGCUACAAAAACUAAUGAGACAUCACAGUUCAUUGAAACACUCCAGAUCUCAUCCUGGGAUGACCACGACCAGGCCUUCUCAGAGAACUAGUUGGGUGAUCUUUGGGAGUCUUCAAAUGUCUCCAUCUGCACCAAGAGACGCAAGGGGAAAUUGAGACAAGGCACAAUUGUAGAAUACUGUAUAGACAUUUUAACUUGUAUGUGAUUAUAGUGAGAGCUUAUCUAUUGUUCAAAGAUAGCUGCUACUGAUGCCAAAGCAACUUCUUCUAGCUGACGACAGGCAGGCACGCCCAUGAGUUGUCCCAUAGAAAUUCUACAGCCCCCGUAUCUUCGGGAGAACAAAUAUGAGCAGGUUGUAAUGUAUAGUAACGGUACAUCUCUCUGAUUUCCUCUUGUGCGCGUACUUUCUCAUUUCCUGAAUAAGCUCCUCAAAAAAAUAUUGUUUCUACUCUUUUAGCUCCAUGAAUCCAAAGUGCCAUUUUGACCCGCCUUUUCACAGCUGCACUCAUGAGCCAGUUAGGAACAGAAUUUAGUAAAGUGGAACUAUGUGUCCGGUCUUUGUUUCCCAAACAAAACCUUAAAAAUGAAUAAAAUGUUCACAUUAACACUUCACUUCGAGUGCAGACCUGAGCUAAUUUCUUCAACAAUGUGCUUCUCAUUUAGGCUCAUUCAUUUGUUUUGCCUGAUUUUUGUCAUAUCAGUGUUCUUUUUCAAACAAUGUAAUAAAGUGAAUAUGUUUUGGAAGUGUGCGCACAGUGCUGUAUUGAGACU